AUGGAAGAAGAACAAUCGGGGAAGGGAGAGUAGCGAAGAUCAAGGCUCGGAAACUCCGUCUGUACAAGGUGCUGCACAGGUUCAACAUGGCGUUAUGCUUGUCGAAGGGGGGGUGGCUUCCGGAGAACGACGACGAGAACGUUGGCACCACGCCGGACGAUGUGGCCCUCACCCCGACGAUGCCUGCUGUUACCAUCCAGACCGACAACGCAGGAUUGGUAUUGGCGAAUUGGGUUAAGAAGACGAUAAAGGAGUCCGACGAGGUCAAAGCCACACUGAUGACGAGCGAGGACAAGGUAAUCAGAGCAUACGGUUGGCACAUACACCAACAGACGCAGGACCGGGACCUCGUGGAAGCAAUGGGCGUUUUUAUUAAACGGUCCCCAAACCGUUUUCGCGUCGCGGACUAUGUCGCAGCCAGCUCCGCAGCCAGCUCAGCAGUCCGGAAGCCCUCAGCAGUUCGGCGGCCCUCAUCAAUUUGGCCCUCAGGCACAGUUUGCUCCUCAGCAGCCAUUCGCCUUCUACGGAUACCAGUAGGAAGGAGAGACCAUGGGAUCUGGUUACGCGUUACGGUUUGAUGGUUUCACGCGAUGAUUUAGAGGGGUUGCUAAGUAUAUGACGGUUUGCUACGAUGCUUUGCUUUGGUCAUAGGAGCCAAUGGACUUACGCGCCAGAUGAGGACAACGAUGACUUCAGAUCGCUAUAUUCACAACACACGUUGGAGACGGACUUGUCCGAAUAGUUUAAGGUUGUGGUCAGG